UUUCAAUUCCACUUGAUAUCAACUACUUGCAAAUAUGUGAUAUUGAUAUCAAACUUCAUUGACCCACAGUCCUCGAUUACUUUUCCUCAUUAAUCCCUUUCUUGUUUCUGUAUAAAGCUACUGCGUCUUGAUCUAAGCAGAUCACAAACCCAAAAACAAAAGCUAGAACAACCAACUAUAAUAAUCAUGACGUGUCACAAAAUCUUCCUUGUAAUCUCUGUGAUGCUCGCUGUCUCAUCAUUGGUCAAGGCAGUUGACUUCUCGGUCGUCGACAACACAGGCGACUCCGCUGGCGGAAGAAGAUUCCGGGGAGAGAUCGACGGCGUAAGCUACGGCACACAGUCACUAAGAUCUGCGACGGACUUCGUCUGGGGUUUGUUCCAGCAAACCAACAACCCUUCGGACAGAAGAGACGUUACAAAGAUCACUCUGUUCAUGGAGAACGGGAACGGCGUGGCGUAUAACACCAACUCGGGAAGCGAGAUACACUUUAACGCGGGGUAUCUCGCGGGUUUCUCGGGAGAUGUAAAGAGGGAAUUCACCGGCGUGAUUUAUCACGAGGUGGUUCAUUCUUGGCAAUGGAACGGUCCAGGUGGCCUUAUCGAAGGUAUAGCGGACUAUGUGAGGCUGAAAGCGGGUUAUGCACCGGGUCACUGGGUAGGGCCCGGUGGUGGUGAUAGGUGGGACCAGGGCUAUGACGUCACUGCGAGGUUCUUGGACUAUUGUAACGAUCUAAGGAAUGGGUUUGUGGCGGAGCUUAAUAAGAAGAUGAGGAGUGGCUAUAGUGACAGCUUCUUUGUUGAUCUGCUCGGGAAAGACGUGAACCAACUCUGGAGAGAGUAUAAGGCCAAGUAUGGUCAGUAAAUUGUUAAACGUACAAAUUAUAAAUGAUAAUCGUAUUAGUGACAUGCCCAUUCAAAAUAAAAGUGAGAUGUUUAAAAAACAUCAGCAUAUGUAGUAAUUUGUAUUCUAUUAUGAAUUUGUACGCUCGAAUAAGAAAACAGAUAUAUAUACUGUUGUGUACUCUUUUAGAGUUAUUGUCAAAAGCAAUAUUAUAACUUAUAAGUAAAUAAAUCGUGUUAAAAUC